AUGGCAUCCGUCGUCACUGGUGCUGGACUCUUUGCCAGCUUUCGCAAGCUUGCUACUACUGAUUACUUCGUCUUGCUUGCUCUUUGCAUGUCCAUCGCGACUCUCGGGAUAGAGACUAUUAAGGAUAGCCAGGGCGAGUCUGCCCACUACAUGACCCUAAGUGAAUGGGCAGCCGCGCAGCGAAUUGCAGCCGAUCAAAUCAUGAGCUGGUGGGAUGUAACUGGCAGAAAGGAGAAUGAUAUGGCCAAGAUAAUUGAGUCGGAGACGCCCUUCACGCCAAACCCCCAGCACAACGGAGCCAAGUACACCAGCAUCGGCUUCCGGUUCCUCGAGAACAUAGAUGAUCAGCAUGUCGCUGCCCACACUAACCUCCUCAAGGCUCAGGGCGAAUGGCUUGCCGAGUGUAAAGGGUCAAGCGGCCGGAACGGCACACGGCCGUACCGACUAUCGCCAACUCCUGUGGCUUCAUCGAUUCAAGAACCUUAUGCGGAGGCGUAUCGGUAA